AUGGCUUCCAUCGCUUUUUGGAAUUGUAGAGCGAAGAAAAGUCAGGCUUCUCUAUAUCUAAGAGAAUUUGUGAAGGAGUUUGAUGCCUUUAUUGUUGGGUUGUUGGAAACCAAGAUUUCUUCCAUAGACAGGAAGGGAGUGCAUAAGCUUAUCGGAAUGGAUUGGGACUUUGAUUAUGUUUUAGCUGAUGGAUUAUCAGGUGGAAUUCUUAUUUUGUGGAACUCCAAGGUAUCUUCGUUUAAUGUCUUAGAAUCUUUUUCUCAAGGUAUUAUUGGAGAUCUUGAUGUUUUUAACAAGGGUGUUUGGCGUAUCUCUAACGUGUAUGGGAGUAAUGACAUUGUUAAAAGAAGAGAAUUGUGGAGGAAAGUAGAACAGCUUUCCUCCAAGGAUUUACCUUCAGUAGCGGGUGGGGACUUCAAUUGUUUGUUGGAUAGUGGAGACAAAAGGGGUGGGAGAGAAUUCAGUUUUUCACAAGGUUCAAAGGAAAUGAAAUCAUUUCUUAUCAAUAAUGAUUUUCAUGAUGUUGGCUUUAUAGGACCUCGUAUCACUUGGUGUAAUAACAAAACAAAUGGGGCUCGGAUCUUGAAGAGGUUAGACAGAUGUUUUCUGAAUUCUAAAGCAAUUGAAGUUAUCUCAAUGGGUGGUGGUAAAGCAUCUUGCAAGGGUGGCUUGAGACCAUUGCCCUAUUUUAGUUAA